AUGUCGUUCUUGAACAAUUUGAACGCAUUUCUUGAUUCAGAGGAUAGUAAUGAAGCUUUCGAUUUUGUGAAUGAGCCUGCGGCUAGAUAUGAUACCGUGUUUGUCCCUUCAUCAUCACCCCCUCCUCAGGAUGCAAAGAGAAUCCAUUUGGUACCCCAAGAUUCGAGUCUGUUCAAAUACAAUGGAGAUGUCAAUGUUGAUAUAUUUCCUGCUCCAUCACUGUCAAUCAAUAAAAGUAACGAUUGGGUCAAUGGCAAUCAUGACUAUUCACGUGUCUCCAACUCGCGUUUAAGUUCGGGAUUCUCGCCAGGGGUGGCUAGGUUACUGGUUAGUGCUUUGCCGCAGCAGCAGCGUUGCGUAUUUCCGUUUCACGAAUUUAACGAAAUGCAAUCCAAAUGUUUCAAAAUUGUGUAUGGGACUGCGAAUAAUUGCGUGCUUAGUUCUCCCACUGGCUCAGGUAAAACGGUUGUGUUUGAAUUGGCAAUUUUGCGUGCCAAUGAAACAUUGUACGAUUUCAAGGUACUUUAUCUAGCUCCAACAAAAGCAUUGUGCAGCGAACGAAAAGACGACUGGUCUAAGAAAUUUGCCCCCCUCGGUAUAACAGUGGGUAUGUUGACUGGUGACACAUCGUAUAAGGAGGCAGAGAGUGUGCGUAACUCAAAUAUCAUUAUUUCUACUCCGGAAAAGUGGGACAUGAUCACUAGGAAAUGGAACGACUACAAAAAAUUGUUUAGCUUGAUUAAGUUACUUCUCGUUGAUGAAGUACAUGUACUCAAAGAGCCACGGGGUGCUACUUUAGAAGUAGUGAUAACACGAAUGAAGAGAAUAUGCGUCGGUUUAAGGAUUUUGGCUAUAUCUGCAACUGUCGCAAAUGCUCACGACAUUUCGACAUGGCUCGAUGCCGAGACUUUAACAUUCGGAGAAGAAUAUCGUGCUGUCAAGUUGCAAAAAAUUGUCUAUGGUUACAGGCCGAGUAAUGAAAAUGAUUUUUCGUUUGAUAAUCAAUUGAACUCAAAGUUGGUUGAAAUUAUAAGUAAGCACUCGUUGGGGAAGCCAGUUUUGAUAUUUUGUGCAACAAGAAAUAGUUGUCAAUUCACCGCGAAGUUUCUAGCAGAAAAGGUGAUUGCUAAGGGUUCAAUUUUAAAGUUGAAAGAUAGAGAGUUGGCUAAUUUGGUCAAAACUGGUGUUGGUUAUCACCACGCUGGGUUGAUCUAUGCUGAUCGUAAACAAAUUGAAACUGCUUUUUUGAGUGGCGAUUUGAAAUAUCUAUGUUGUACAUCGACGCUUGCAGUCGGAAUAAAUCUACCUGCAUACUUGGUUGUUGUAAAAGGAACAAAAUGUUGGUGUGAGAGUACGUUUCAGGAGUAUUCAGAAACUGACAUCUUGCAAAUGAUCGGGAGAGCGGGGAGACCUCAAUUUGAAGAAGAGGGAGUAGCGAUCAUUAUGACGACUAGCAAGUUAAAAUCAAAAUAUGAAAGGAUAAUUAUGGGCACUGAAAAAAUCGAAAGCUCUUUGCACAUGAACUUUCCCGAAAACCUUUUGGCAGAAAUUGCCGUUGGUAAUAUUAACUCAAUUGAUGAUGCUCUCAGCUGGUUGAAAACCACUUACUUUUAUGUUCGCUUCCUAAUUAACCCCCUGUAUUAUGAUAUUCCAAAACCAACGACCACGGAAGAAAACUUACUUAAGUUUUGUAUGAACAAAACAGAGGAGUUGAAUCAAGAGGAUCUUAUUCGUGAUUUCAAAUGUACCAAGUUUGGACUUUCCAUGACCAUGCAUUACAUCAAACUCGAUACUAUGAAAGCUAUCUUGCAUGCAAAUGAAAAGCUCACUAUUUUCGAAGUGUUUGAAAUUUUUGCCCAAGCUACUGAGUUUUGUGAUGUCAAGAUUAAACAUCAGGAAAAAAGGUUGUACAAAGAGUUGAACAAAUCUCCCUUGAUGCGAUAUCCAUCAGAGUCGAAGGUGACUACUAUUAUCCAGUAUGAACUAGGUGGGCUAGAAUUCCCAAAUUAUAAUGGUGCUCAAAAGUUGCAAUCAAGCUUCUUGGGUGACAAAUUUUUUGUGUUUAAACACGUUUCACGGAUACUCAAGGCAAUGAUGGAUGUUUUCGUUGAGAAAAAAGAUGCAAAGUCAUUGAUAAACCUGGGGUACGUAAUGCGUUCUAUUACUGCAAAGGGGUGGGAAGGCUCCCCCAAUGAGCUUAAACAACUAGAUACAAUUGGUAUCCAAAGCAUCAAAAAAUUGAUAAACCAUAAUGUACUCACAUUGAUGGAUGCUAAGGCAUUGUCACAGACUCAACUUGAGCUGUUUUUAGGUCUCAAAGUUGGAGCUGGUGCAAAGUUGAAAAGGGUAUUGUCUUUAAUACCUAAAAUUGAUGUUGAAGCGCAUUUGAUUGGAUCAGAAGUGCAAAUAAAUAUAAGAAUUGAGCCUAUCACGAAAAAUUUCAAAAACGAAACUUUGUAUUUGCAAGUGAUAAGUUCGAGUGGUGGUAAACUUGUUGACUUUAGAAGAACUGUUUUGAAAAACUAUGUCGAUGGUGGAUUUUCAAUUACAUAUGGUGGUCAACCCGUUGAAGUUGAGGCCAGUAUUAUGUGCGGAGUUCUUGGAAAAGCUAAUGCUGGAGGAGUUAAAGAGCCCGUUUUGGACAUAGAUCCCAAUUUUGAGUUCUCGUCAUCAUCUACGUCUUUGAGCGAUAUAUUUGCUAUCGGAAAGGAUAAAGCGAAUCCUGAUCAGAUCAAAAAAGUAGGUGGAGCAAAAACUGAUGAUAACGAGGUAGAGAAUUCGGGCACUUCUUGGCUGCCCAGCUCAUCCAGUAAAGCCGUUGCCGUGAAUCCUAAAAAAGAUGUAAAUCAAAGUCGUUCCAAAAAGAGAGUGAAAAGGAAAAGAUCAAUCUUCGAUGUGCAUUCCGGUGAUUCUGAUGAUGCAGAAGCAAACAAUGUUUUGGAAAGGAAAAAGAUAAAAUACAGCUUGCAAGAGAUGCCGGAGUUGACCAAUUGUCCGUCGCCUGAAAGAGUUGAGUCGAAGAAAGAGAAUAUUGCCAUGCUUCAUCCUGAAAUGAAAGCAGAAAUUAAAAUGAGUGAAAUAAGGGGCCAGAAAGGAGUGGUUGUUGCGGAAUGUGACGUCAAGAAACUUGCUGCAAAAUACAACUUCUCUAAUUUGCCGGAAGACUCAAAAGAGGUUGCAGAGCGUGAUCUUGAGGAUCCUCCAAGGGAUGAGCACGAUCCUAUGAAAGAGCCAAUCUCACUUGACAAACCACGUUUUAGUACCAUUUCCACUGAUUCAAUUGUGCAGUUUUGUAAAAGUGACUCCCAAAGCAGUGAAGUCAAUGAGAACGUCUUAAAAGAGUUUCAAGGGCUCUUUGGGAGUGACGUUCUUGUUGAGUGA